ACUCGUUGACCUGAACACUCAGGCAUCCACGUCUCACAACUUAGUCACUUGCCUGUCAAGGACCAGUCACAAUGGCCGAGGAGGAGUUUGAGAUCGACGUCUAUGCCGAUGCUGGCAAUGACCAGUCUGGCGAGCAGCAGGGUGACGGUGAUCACCACGCCUACGAUGACAAUGGCGACCAUGCCGAGAAUGGUGACGGACAGCACCACGACUAUCACGAGGACCAUAAUGGAGAGGAUUCCGGCGCACAUGACAACCAGGACCAAACAUCACAGAAUCAAGCGCCCCAGCAGCGACAGCAAGGCGUGAAGCGUAAGGAUGCCCCUGGUUCCGAUGAGCGACCCGUCGAUCCGGGCGCUACUACUGCCCUUAUGAUCUCGGAUCUCCACUGGUGGACCACGGACGACGACAUCCGCGGCUGGGUGCGCCAGGCGAACUGCGAGUCUGAGCUGAAGGAUAUUACAUUUAGUGAACACAAGGUCAACGGCAAGAGCAAGGGACAAGCCUACGUUGAAUUCACUUCCCAGCAAGCUGCGAGCGCAACUAAGCAUGUGAUUGAUAACUUGUCGAGCGAGGUCGGCCAGCAACCUGGCCAGAAACGCCACUCCGUGAUUUACUCCAGCCCGAUUGUCAACCCCUUCCGCACGCUUCCCAAGGACACCCCGAACCGUGCUGUCAAGGAGAUCCGUGACCGUGCUCCCAACGGGCCCAACAACUUCGACAACCGCGGUCAGAGCAACUUCAUCCCGAACAACAACUUUAGCGGUGGGUUCCGUGGUGGCCGUGGCGGUUUCAACGGUCCUCGUGGCGGUAUGAACCCCAACUUCAACCGCAACUUCCAGGGCAACAACAUGGCUUUCAACAACAACAAUGCCGGCUUCAACAACCCCAUGGCCGGCAGUGGCUAUGGUGGCGGCUUUGGCGGAGGUGGUUACCAGCGCGGCGGCAUGAUGGGCAGCAACAUGCGUGGCGGCCCUAACAUGCGCGGUCGCGGCGGAAUGAACAACAACAUGAUGGGAGGCAUGCCUAUGCCCAUGCACGGCAUGAACCCCAUGGCUGGUGGUAUGAACCCAGGUAUGGGUAUGAUGAACCCAGGUAUGGGAGGCUUUCCAGGAAUGCAGCCCUUCAAUGCAGGCUUCUUCAACGCCGGUGGCCAAUCGGAAGGCUGGGGACAGAACGCGCAUCCGGCCAAGCGCCCUCGCCAGGAGUAG